UUUCUACCCGGAACAUUAAGGCGUCGUACUCCGUCGACAAUGACUUUUAGCCUCUCGGACAGUUGAAGGUGGCCUUCAGAUUGUCGCUGCAAUCUCCCGUCAUGCUGGUUGCUUAUAUGUGUGCGGUGAGGAGAUCCUCACAGAACUGUUUAAACUACCAGGCUGGUAGAGCCUCCCUUCAGCGUCUUCUGGGAAAUAUAUUCCGAAGGCCCUUGACGUCCUCUGACGUCAGACUGCCUGUAGCGGGCGAGAGGGUCACUCCUGUUUUUUUCAAAGCCCCAGCCUACGGAGAAAAGGUGGCCAUUAUAGACCAUAGCGGAAGACACAGCUACAGCUCCCUUUACAAUAGCAGCAGAGGCUUAGCAGGGCGAAUCAGCCAAUCACUCGCAUGUCACUCACGAGACCUGCAGGGUGCACGCGUUUCCUUCCUGUGCGCCAAUGACGCUUCAUACACGGUGGCUCAGUGGGCAACUUGGAUGUGUGGGGGCACAGCCGUGCCCCUCUACACGAAGCUCCCUCCGGCCGAGCUCGAGUACGUCAUCUCCGAUUCCCAGAGUUCCUUGCUGCUGGCUGGGCAGCCAUACAUCAACACUCUGGAGCCCCUGGCCCAGAAACUGGGACUGCCCUGUGUGGAACUCCCCGCUGUCUCCUGCCUGGACAGCUUGUAUACGCCAGAGCUGCAUGACCAGCCCGUGGAGACCCUGUCUGGUUGGGGUGAGAGGCCGGCGAUGAUCGUCUAUACCAGCGGCACAACAGGGCGACCGAAAGGAGUCCUUCACACGCACAGCAGCCUGCAGGCCAUGAUCCGGGGCUUGGUGAGUGAGUGGGCAUGGAACAGAGAAGACGUCAUUCUUCACACUCUACCCCUCCACCACGUGCAUGGCAUCGUGAACAAGCUCCUGUGCUCCCUCUGGGUGGGGGCCACCUGUACCAUGUUGCCCGAGUUCAGUCCUCAGAAGGUGUGGGAGCACCUGCUGAGCUCCAAAGCUCCGGCGGUCACUGUGUUCAUGGCUGUGCCCACCAUCUACUCCAAACUGAUCCAGUAUUACGACCAACACUUCCCACAGCCCAGUGUGCAGGACUUCAUCAGGGCCGUGUGUAAGGAGAGAAUCCGACUGAUGGUGUCCGGGUCAGCUUCCCUUCCCCUGCCUGUUCUGCAGCGCUGGAGUGUCAUCACGGGUCAUGUGCUGCUCGAGCGUUACGGCAUGACUGAGAUCGGCAUGGCCCUCUCCAACCCGCUCAACGGACCGCGAAUCCCUGGUGCGGUUGGCAUGCCACUCCCUGAAAUGGAAGUACGUAUCGUCAUGACAAACACAACCAACACUACCAUCGCGGAGAGCAACAGCAAGGAGACACGGGUAAAGCCUGGUUUGGAGGGCAGGGAGGGGGAGCUGAUGGCUCGUGGGCCGUCUGUCUUUCAGAAGUACUGGAACAGACCUCAGGAGACAGCAGACAGCUUCACUGGGGAUGGCUGGUUCAAAACCGGAGACACCGCCGUCUACAAGGAUGGUGUCUACUGGAUCUUGGGCCGUACCUCGGUGGACAUCAUCAAGAGUGGUGGCUACAAGAUCAGUGCGCUCGAUGUGGAGCGCCACCUGCUGGCUCACCCCAGCAUUGCGGACGUGGCAGUAAUUGGAGCACGUGACGCCACCUGGGGGCAGAAGGUGAUAGCAGUGGUGCAGCUACACAAAGGCAAGACUCUCGCGCUCCCUGAGCUGAAGGCCUGGGCCAGUUCUUCCCCAGGUACACGUCUCUGCGAGUCUGAGCUGCCGCUACAGGCGCAGGGCAGAGACCAAGGUGGCAAACCUAGUACUGGAUCAGCCCUUAAAGACCAACGCUGGCAGACUCGCCUUGAGCUCCACGGCGGACGUCAGCCUGGACGCUCGACCGAAGACCUGCGGGAAGACACGUUUGUCACAUGGUUUCAGUGUGAUUUCUUACCCUGAGGUUAGCUUGGAAGAAUGGUUAUGUGAUCUAAGGUAAAUCUAGCCUUUAGUGCACAAGUCCACAGUGGCUGUCCUGAAGGAACUCUACCUCACGCAGGGCAAGGCUUUGUUGCUAUUGAUUCAAAUCUUUAAGAUCUUUUAUCUUUAAGGAGAAUUUUGUCUGAUUAUUACAGUACCUUCCUACAAAGAAAACUAUUCUAAUUUUUUUUUAUUAAAAAAUUUCCAGUGGUGCUUCUGGAAAUGUGUACACAAGUGUGAGAUUUGAGAGGUACUGGCCGACAUGCGUCAUACCCGUUGCUGGGCUGACAAGGUUGUCAGGUGGAUUAUAAAGGUGUGCGACACAGGUGGUGUGUGACCUGUAGUGUGAAAAGAUAUCACAUCACACUUUACACUCAGAGAAGACAUCCACUUUCCCAUAAUGCUUGCCAGCAAGGAAAAACUCUACAAAACUAAGAAGCAAAUAUAUAUCAUUGAAUGAAGUAUCAUAAAGGGAAAGAAAAUAUGUAUUUCUUAUAAAAUGUAAAUUUAUAUGUAUAUUUAAAUGUAUAUUUCAUGAGACUAAAAUGUAAAUGUUUGUUUGCGUUGACAAAUGUACAGAAAUUUACUGCUAAUUAACUUUUUAUCCACUCCUGGGUUUGAUCAGUAUUGCAGACAAUGCAGUGUGGAAUUUCUGUUAAGAAAUAAAAUAAAAAUAAACAUU